CAUAUGAGUGAGAUUCAUUCAUUCAUUCAUUCAAACCAAUGUCUCUAACAUUGCUUCAUCCCACUGUCAUGAGGCUAUUCUCCACAACAUGGCCGCUAUUGCUCUAUGCCACUGUCUGGUCCCUUCUUCUCCUCAUCACCGUCGGAACCGCUUCUUCUCUGGCUCAGCUUGCUUACGUAUCAGUUGUCUCUCCUUCCCCUUCAUCUUCUUGCGGACCCGGAUUCCUCAAGGUGCCUCUGGACGUUCCCUCGGAGAAGUUUUGCUUGCCGAUUCACAUGAUGAAGACGUCCGAUUGGGAUUUCGUCGUGCCAAUCGUCUUUGCUGCUCUUCUUGUGUCCACUUCUGCGUUCAUGAUCCGCAGCUUAGGUUUCUGGGAAAUAGAAAGUGAUGGUUAACUGAAUAACUGCUCCUAUGAUGUUCUGCCAUUUUUCCCGCUUUCUAAAUUAAUAUGCCUUCG